AUGUCUCGUCCGACCUCUGACGGUGGUUCGCCAUCUGCCUCCGGCCUAAACUCCCCACCUCAGGCGAGAUCAGCGAACGCGUCUCCCAGAGCAAAUCCCGCUGUUACCUACAUCCCAUAUGUCCGCAAUAUUCGUGGCCCAGGCAUUAACGAGUACGAACAACAGUACCAGCUGCCAACACAGUUCACCAAGCGUCCGGGCUUCAAUACCACUGGCCAACCAGCUGCGAUGAACGUCAAUGCAUUCCAGGUCACCGGAUAUCCCACCACCAAGAUCUACCAAUACGAUGUUGUCAUUGGCACCGGCGCUGAGAAGCGAAUCGUCAAUCGUAAGGUCUGGGAGUCCAAGGCCCGCAAGGAGAAGACUGGUCCUCAGAUGAUCUGGGAUGGCAAUCGUCUCGCUUGGUCGCUCAAAGACCACGGCGAGAUCCGCGCUAUGGUCGAUCUUGACGCCGAAGACGGCCGUCCUUCUCGCGAUGGUCGCAAUUCUUUCCGUCUCCAUAUCAAGAAGACCCGUGAGAUCAAUCCGAGUAUCGUCCAAAGCUUCCUCGAGCGGAAGGUACAGAUGUCCAAGGAAAUUGCUGAAGCUAUCAUUUUCAUGGAUCACCUGCUCCGCGAAGGCCCAUCCCAGAACCCGCAAUUCAUUUCAGUCAAGCGUUCUCUUUUCAAGAGACAAGGUCAGCGUCAAGAUCUUGGAGGCAGUAUUGAGGCCUGGCGCGGUAUCUACCAGUCUAUGCGUCUUGCUGAAGGUCAGAAGCUCAUCAUCAACCUCGAUGUCGCGAAUACCUGCUUCUGGCGCCCCACUUCCCUCACAUCUGCUCUCGUAACGAAGUGGCGCGAGUUCACCGACGUCAAUUCCAUUGCAGCUCAGAUGCGCCCAGCGCAGAACAACGGUGCCCGCGAACCCAACAACUUGCAGAAGACAGUCCAGCGUGCCUUCAAGAACGUCGAGGUCAAGGCCGUCUACAAGGGCAAUCCACUCCCGAACAAAGUGUGGAAGAUCAUUCGAUUCUCCGUCAACAACGCCAAUCAGGAGAUGAUUGAUUGGAAGGAUCCGAACACCAAGCAGCCCACCGGCGAGAGCAUCUCUGUUGCUCAAUACUUCCGGCGUAAGUACAACAUUACCCUCCAACAUCCUAACCUGCCGCUGGUGGAGAUGAGCAAGAAGAAUGUUCUCUACCCUAUGGAAUUCCUACAGAUUAUGGAAGGUCAACGCUAUGCUGCGAAGUUGGACGACUACCAGACCAGCAACAUGAUCAAGUUUGCUGUGUCACGACCUCGCGCUCGACUUGAUGCCAUCAAUGAAGGAAAGGGUUGGUUGAACUGGGAAGGCGACACCUAUCUGAGAGGUUACGGUCUCCGCAUCAAUCCGCAACAAAUCCGUACUCAGGCUCGGGUUCUCCCAGCUCCGGGCAUCAAGUUUGGUCAGAACCGCGUUGAACAACCUGGUACUCGUGGUCGCUGGGACCUGAAGGGCAAGGUCUUCCUCACCGGCAAUCCUCAGGAACUUGUCUCCUGGGGUAUUGGUGUCUUCCCCGGCAAAAUCCGCGUUGACAAAGCUCAGAUCGAUCAGUUCGCGCUCAACUUUGCUCGAGCUUAUCGCGCCCACGGUGGCCACGUCGCCAACGCGCCCCCUCACACUAUGAUGCUCCCCAAUGAUACAGGUGCUGCAGUGGCCGAGUUGCACCAGCAGACCGGCAACAAAUUCAAGCGACGACCUCAGCUUCUCGUCUUCCUUGUUCAGGAUAAGAACGCCUUCAAUUACCUUCGCAUCAAGAAGUCUUGUGAUUGUCGAUUCGGUGUGGUUUCUCAGGUCAUGCAGAUCGAGCAAGUGCAGAAAGGCAAUCCGCAGUACUACUCCAACGUGUUGAUGAAGAUCAACGCCAAGUUAGGCGGUACCACAGCUCAAGUCGUGCCCAACUCCACGAGUGGCUUCAAAUCCUUCGCUGCGCCAACCAUGAUCAUCGGCGCCGAUGUCUCCCACGCUUCUCCCGGAAGCCAGCAAGCGUCUAUGGCGGCCAUUACUGUCUCCUUCGAUCGAUUUGCUGGCCGCUAUGCUGCUGCAUGCCAAACCAACGGCCAUCGCGUCGAGAUGAUCUCUGAGGCCAACUGGGUCAACAUGUUCAGACCUCUUGCUAAGCAAUGGUUGAUCAGUGUUGGUGGCAAUCGUCCGCCUCAGCACAUCUAUUACAUCCGAGAUGGCGUUUCCGAAGGCCAGUUCGAGCACGUCAUCCGACAGGAGGUGCCGCACAUCAAGACAGUCCUCAAGGACGUCCAUGAGGAUUUCAACGGCAAGAUCACUGUCAUCAUCGCGUCCAAGCGCCACCAUGUUCGAGCUUUCCCCGAGAAAGCUGGCGCCGACAAGAAUGGCAAUCCUCUUCCCGGUACACUGAUUGAGAGAGAUGUGACCACCCCCAACGAGUUUGACUUCUAUCUCUACUCGCACAUUGCGUUGCAAGGCACGUCUCGACCGGUGCACUACUCGGUGCUGUACGACGAGUUGAAUCACAAACCGGAGCAGCUUCAAAACAUGAUCUACGAGCACUGUUAUCAAUACAUGCGCUCCACGACCUCUGUGUCUUUGCAUCCUGCUGUGUACUACGCACAUCUUGCAUCCAACCGUGCAAAGGCCCACGAGGACCUCCCUGCGUCGGCUGGUCCUCAAGGUGGUGCUGGUUACAAGCAGCAAGCUCCCAGCCGCAGCUCCGAGCCUUCCGAGUCUGAGGUCCGACCCUUGAUGCCUCUGUUCAACAUCAAUGGCAUUGUCUUUGCCAUGUGGUACAUCUAA